AUGAGUUGGUCACAAAUACACCCGUCGCAGAAGAUACUGCUCGUGGUGACAACCGGAGGGUUCACCCAUGCUGCUCCCGUGUUGGAAAUUGGCCGAGUACUCGCGGAAAGAGGCCAUACAAUCGAGUUUGCAACUCUUGACGGUCAAGAAAGUUGGAUCAAACCGGAUGAAUAUGGGUUUGUCACUAAAAUCCAUCUCCUGGGACCUGGACCAACGACGGAGCAAUUGGAUGCUCAUUACCGGCGAAUGCAGGCGUGGGAUCUUCGCGACGGCAUUCAACCGGCCUUCGCGUCCAAACUCAUGUUUGAUUCUUUUUGGCCGCAGACUUACCAUGGCCUCAAGAAUAUCAUAGCGGCUUCCCGCCCGAGCAUGAUCAUUGCGGAUUUCUUCGCGGAGGCCGCGCAUGAUAUGUACGUCGAGUAUAACAUACCCAUUACCAUUGUGGCUCCCAACUGGCCGCCACUCCAGCUUCCUUGUUCCUAUAUUCCUGGUCAGCCUGGCUUCCAACUUCCUGGCACCAUGACCUCCGAGGACACGUCUAUGUGGUUGCGUAUUAAAAACGAGACGAUGAUUCUACUCGACCUGCCGGCGAUCAUGAGAUUAUUCAAAUGGACUCGGAAGCAACGCAGCGAGAACGGCGUUACCUAUCCACUUCAUAAACCGAAAAAGCCCGAUUAUCUUCUAUUUGUGAAUUCCUUCGUGGGCUUGGAAAUUCCGCGAGACCUGCCUCCUACCUGUGCGCCGGUCGGGCCGCUUUUAAGCCCUACCUGGUCUCCUCUAGAUGCGGAGCAUGAGGCGUUUAUGAACAGACACAAGUCCGUAUUAUACAUUGCUCUCGGCACGCAUAUUAUUCUACCUCAUCGAGAUAUCGUUACCAUCGUGACUGGAGUGUUGCGUUUGAUGGAAGAAGGCUUGAUCGAUGGAGUGAUUUGGGCCAUCCCAAAAACAGGUCGCAAGGAUAUUGACGGCAACCAGGCUGUCCGCGUCAAGGUCGGAAAUGAGACAGAAGAUCUCCAUCUAGCAGACAUGCUGGCCAACAAACAUCCAGACUGUCUAUUCCCAUUCUUCGCUCCUCAACGCGCGAUUCUGGACCACGAAUCCACCAAGCUCUAUUUCACCCACGGCGGGGGCUCUAGUGCCAACGAAGCACUUUUCCAUGGAAAACCAAUCCUCUCUAUGGGUAUCUUCUCCGAUCAAAUCGCCAACACGACCCGACUGGUUGCUGCUGGUGUCGCCGAGUGUCUCGACAAGUUCAGCUUUACUUCUGAUGAGCUAUACACAAAGGCGAAGAAGAUUCUCGAAUCCGGGGAUAACGGAUCCUACAAGCGGAACGUGUUACGACUGCAGCGUAUCGCACAUGUUGCAUCGCAUCGCAAGGAGUACGCAGCCGAUCUCGUCGAGGAGGUGAUGUACGACCACGAGUUGCGGUUCGAUAAAGACGGCAAGGAAUUACGCCCUAUGCACCUGCAGACUGCGGAAUCGCGCAUGUCAGCCUUCAAGGCUAACAAUUUAGACAUGUAUGCGGUCUGUGCACUGGGUUUAACGGUUACCAUGGCUUCGAUUGGGCUCGGUGGUAUUUACUUACAUCGAUAUCGAGCUCAAUUGAUUGGCCAGGCAACGUCGAUUAUCGUUCGCGGGUGGAGAAACUUGUAUACUGCUUUACGUGGGUAG